GUCUUGACACCGCUCCACUGUCCCAAGCUUCUUGCGGUGCUUCUCUUACUCUUACUCUCUUACUUCAACCACAUCACCCCGCUGGCUGACGGACUUUCUCUGCUCUGCGAGUUUCCGCAGUUAUUGGCACAACUUUCCAAAUGGAUCUGUUCACAUCUUCGGUUUUAUUUUUCCUUCAUGUAGUUACUGUGACCUGCAGCCCCGGGCCGCUGGUGGAUGUUGUUGUCGAUCGGUACGAAAUACCGAAAGUUUGUCCUCGAGAAGUGCAAACAGAAGAUUUCAUCCGUUAUCAUUUUAACGGUACCUUCUAUACAGACGGGAAAAAGUUUGACUCCAGUCAUGACCGAGGCAAAGCCUUCAUCAGCCAGGUCGGCCUGGGCAGACUCAUCACAGGGAUGGACCGCGGUCUUCAGGGCAUGUGUGUCAAUGAACGCAGGAAGAUCACAAUCCCCCCACACCUGGCCUACGGAAGCAUCGGAACAGGUGGUGUAAUUCCUCCUGACGCUGUGUUGGUGUAUGAUGUUCUCCUGCUGGACGUAUGGAGCGCUGAGGACAAGGUCCAGAUCCGCACACUCAGCAAACCUGCAAGCUGCAACCGCACCAGUGUGGCAUCAGAUUUUGUCCGUUACCACUAUAACGGCACCCUGCUGUCCGGUGCAGCCUUUGACUCCAGUUACUCGAGGAAUGCAACCUAUGACAGCUACUUGGGGCAGGGCGACCUCAUCAAAGGCAUGGACGAGGGUCUUUUGGGCAUGUGUGUUGGAGAGAGAAGGAUCAUCAUCGUCCCACCCUUCCUGGCAUAUGGAGAGAAAGGCUCUGGGACUCAGGUCCCUCCUCAGGCUACGCUGGUGUUCGAGGUGCUGAUGGUUGAUGUGUUCAACCCUAAGGAUGAUCUGAUUGUGGAGGUGAAGGAGGUGCCCGAAGGCUGCACCCGCAGGACGGUGACUGGAGAUUACAUCCGCUACCACUACAACGGUACCUUCCAGGAUGGCAAGGCCUUCGACUCGAGCUACCAGCGAAACAGCACCUAUAACACUUACGUUGGCAAGGGAUAUGUGAUCCGAGGGAUGGACAAAGCCCUGCAUGGGCUGUGCAUAGGAGAGAAGAGAAGGAUUACCAUCCCUCCUCACAUGGCGUAUGGCGAAGAAGGAGUUGGAGACCUCAUUCCUGGCUCUGCUGUACUGGUCUUUGACAUUCACGUCAUUGAUUUCCACAACCCCAAAGACCCAGUCCAGAUUAAAGUUACCCACAAGUCUCAGGAAUGCAACGUGACCAGUGAAGCUGACGAUUUGAUUCACUAUCGUUAUAAUUGUUCCUUGAUGGACGGCACCCUGCUGUACUCCUCGGACCAUUACGACUCACCUUCCAUCACGACUCUCGGAGCAAACAUGGUGAUCCCGGGUCUGGAGGAAGGUUUGAGUGGCAUGUGUGUGGGCGAGAGGAGGGAGGUGGUCAUUCCUCCACACUGGGGACAUGGUGAAAAUGGAGCUGGAGGAGUUCCCAGGAGUGCAGUGCUCCUCUUUGAGCUGGAGUUAGUGGAGCUGCAGAAGGGUGUGCCUGAAGGCUACAUGUUUGUGUGGCUGGGAGACAGCCCCAAUCCCCUCUUUCCUGCUAUGGACCUCAAUGGUGACAAAGAGGUUCCUCUAGAGGAGUUUUCUGCGUUCGUCAUGCUCCAAGUUAAAGAGGGCAAAGGUCGUCUUCGGCCAGGGGUCAAUGCUGACAUCAUCAUUGAGGACAUGUUCAAUAACCAGGACCGCAAUAAAGAUGGGAAGAUUGUGGAUAAUGAACUGAAACUUAAGGUGGAUGAGGCGUCUGAACAAGUGAAACGAGAUGAGUUGUAAAGGGGACACAUACAGUAUUUCAGUGGUGGUAAGGAACAGGCGAGCAGCACUGCCGUCUUAGCAACUGUCGUGCAACUAUUUUGAAAAUGUUUCAGAGACUGACAUUGUUGAGCCUUUAGGCGGUCAGGCAGUUUGCUUUGCUAGAUUCUCUAAAAAUAUAUAAAUGCCAUCUCACACCUAUUGCAGUAGAAGCAGUCAAACUACUCUAAUGGAGCAACACUGACAGCACAAGAAAACAUCUGUAUGUGAGGGGUCAGUAUGUUGUGCACAGUAAACAGGUGUUUGAAAAUGUGGAAGGAAGAAAAAUUGUCUGUAGUGAAACUGUAUUCUCUUGAAAAAGGCGCAUUUGACUCAAACAUUGAACUUUAGAAAGCAUUUGGGCUGGGCCCUUCUUCCAGAUAUAAAAUAGUAAAUUGAUGGAAAACCACUGCUUGUACAGUAUAUUUGGGCUUCUUUGUACAAUAACAGAAAAUUAUAGAAAAUUAUACAUUUUAGAAAAUUAUAUUACAAAGCGUGUUGUGGAACAUGAAAUAAAGUUGUUUUAUAAUAAACUGAA